CGGAUACAAUGUUGCAUUCUGCGGGUCACGUGUCUCCGGCCCUCUCCUGGUCCCCGCCCCCUCCGGCGGUGCAGUGAUAAGCCCCGCCCCUCCCCGGGCCGGGCGCUGAGGAUGGGGGACGCUGCGGGGAUCUAUCACGAGCGGCAGCGGCUGGAGCUGUGUGCGGUUCACGCCCUCAACAACCUUCUCCAGAGGGACGAGUUCUGCCAGAGCCGGGCCGAGGAGAUCUGCCGGGGGUUGUCCCCGAACUCUGUCAUUAACCCGCACCGCAGUCUGCUGGGCAUCGGGAACUAUGACGUCAAUGUCAUCAUGGCGGCCCUGCAGAUGCUGGACUACGCCGCCGUGUGGUGGGACAAACGCAGGUCUCUGGAGAGUUUGGCGCUGAGUGAGAUCUUCGGCUUCAUCCUGAACAUCCCGUCUCCCAUCUCGCUGGGCUUCCUCUCCCUGCCGAUCACCCGCAAGCACUGGAUCGCCGUACGGCAGAUCAACGGAGUCUACUACAACCUGGACUCCAAGCUGAAAUCGCCUGCCAAGCUCGGGGGCCCCAGGGAGCUGAAGGACUUCCUCCAGGGCUGCGUCAGCCGCGGCUCCUGCGAGAUCCUCCUGGUGGUGACGAAGGAGGUGGAGGAGAGCCGGCUGUGGAUCAAUGAAGAGGGCGCCACGUGA